AUGUCAUCUUCAAUUAUUUUUCUAACAUUUUGUAUUCUCUCAGUUGUUUUGGCAACCGAAUAUAAUAAAUAUGGCGGACAUCAUCACUCAUAUUAUCAACCUUUGAAAGUCAAAACUUAUGGAUCUGGAUAUCAUGAGUCAUAUGGAAAAGAUUAUCAUAGCGAGAAGAAACCAGAGUCUUAUUAUCAUUACGAGCCAAAAUAUGAGGAUUAUCAUAAGAAGGAGCCAUCUUAUACACCAUAUUACGGUAGUUCAUAUAAUCAUCAUGAUGAUGAUUAUUCGAAACCAGAAUAUUAUGGAAGUAAAUAUGAGCAACCAAAAUAUGAGGAAUAUCAUGGAGCACAUGAUGAUCAUUAUUAUGGAGCUGAGCAUCAUUAA